CUCUUGCGCACAAGCAGCCCCUGCAAGGUCUCGAGAUUGGACAAGUUGUCGAUCGGCGGGAGUUGUUACCAUGUGGAAAAUCGAGGUUAGUGGUUCCCCUGCUCUCACAAGCAAUCCUUCCCUCUGCCUGGCGCCGCUCAUGGCGCUCCUUCCCCUUCCAAACUUCCCGUGGGAUGGCAUGUCUUCGCAGGCCUUCUGGUGUUCAUCUUUAUUGAGAACAUCAUCGAGGUCGUCAUCAGCUGAUUGGAACGAUGAUUGGCCCAUGCUGGGGGGCUCGUGUGUGUCAUUCCUCCCAAAGACAAAAAACAAAGCACUUUGCGUUGGAUGACAGCCUUGACCCCGGAGCAAGAGCGAUCCGACGUCAUCAAACCCUAUGAUGCAGUUGCUCGUCUAACUCUUGCUCCAACCCUGCAUCCACCCCUCGUUCCCAUCCAUCCAUGAUCCAUCUAUCCCUCAUCCUCCCAUCCACGCUACCCGCUUGAUCAUCACCCUUCACUACCACGUUUCUUGUGCUUUGCCCUUGGCUUAGCCGUUUACACAACCACACCACUCAUCUUCUCUUUGAUUGACUUCUAUCAUCGUCGCAAUCUCUUAAUUUUCGUCGUGCCUUUUUCCGAAAAGGCGACAUACACCUAUCUCGAUUGCCUUUGCGCGUCAUACAACACACCACAACAGCCCGACUAAUCAAUCAUGUCAACGAUACAGAAUCUCAAGAACUUCAUCCGUCACGGCAAGCAGGCGCGGGACCAAAACCCAAAGUCACCGCCUGACCAACCUGCCGUGUCUAAUGUCCACGCCCAGCGUCACCACAAC